AUGACGUAUGCGAGGGACUCAAAUCUUGAGCUGGUCUUACGCCCUCGACAAAAGGCAUUCGUGGUAUAUUUACGCUGCCAGACAACAAAGUUACCGCCAGGAGGAGGAGGAGGAGGAGGAGGAGGAGGACUAAAUGAAGAGAAAUAUUCCGGGGGGAAAAAUGAAGAAGGAGAAGAAGAAGAAGGAGGAGGAGGAGGAGGAGGAGGAGGAGAAGAAGAAGGCGAAGAAGAAGAUGGAGAUGGAGAAGAAGAAGAAGAAGAAGGAGACGGAGAAGAAGGUGGAGAAGAAGAAGGAGAAAUGCUUAUUGAUACAGCAGGGAGGUUCCAGUAA